CAAGUGCUGGUUCCUUUAAACACAAGUGCUCGUUCCUUUAACAUUGGAUGUAGUGUAGUAAGGCACCAAAAGCUAGUCUGUGAGGGGGACUUCACUUCACCGAGACACCAUCUGCGUCUUUCCCCAGAAUCGCUCCGGACGGCACUUGAUGUCCAUUUGAUUCUUAGAAACGAAAUUUCAGAUUGCUUUAUCGGUUAAUGCAUGAUCUAGAUUUCGAGAGAAUGAAUUAACCGUUUGGAUGAAUUGCGUUCCGUAUCCUCCCUGAAGCUCAAGCUGAAGCUGUACAAAAGCAUUUUCAACUACGGCCGGUCGGCCGCAGGAGCAAUGGGAAAGACAGAAAUACCCAUUUUUUUUCUUGACAAUAACCUGAAUUAGAUAGGCUGAAAGAAAUUCAAGCUACUUGUCAAUUUCAAGACAAGAAAGUACUCGAAGGAAACGACAAUUGUUCAGCUUUGGAGAAAUUGGACCAAUCAUUUUCUUCAAAGGAAAGUAGAGGAUAAUUUCCAACUGUUUGGAUGCGGAUAUAAGAGAACGAAUCAAUGCCCCAUAUAACUGGUACCGCAAGGAUAUACGAAAAAAGGAACCGAUUUUUAAAUGGUCCCUGAGUGAGUAGCCUGGUCGAUACGCGCAUAUAGCAAGUUAUUUCUCCCUAAACCAGCGUGCAAGAGGCAUUGCAAUAGAAAACUCGGGAUUGCAUUGUACAAACGGCUGCCGUUUUUUCUUUCCCGAUAAAGCCGACUGAGGCUACACCUGUUCCAUAAGGAGAAAUUAUACAACAACAAAAAAACAGCAAAAACGUCGAUUGAUGUUAAAGAGCCAGCGUGUCCGCAGCAGUGUGACCCAGCAUCCUGCAGAGUGGUGAGGGUGCUGUUUGGGAUGCGGAGAGCCGUAUAGGAGCUGAGUGGGCACCUCACCUCAACGCCGUCUGCUUCCUGUGCCGCUUCAAGAUGGAUUAGAGACAAACGCCUCUGGAGAUCGAAGGUGGCUGUGACAGGGGGACCCCCGGGGCAGGACCCAUGAGGAGUCAUAGAAGAUGCUCGCAGCCUGGGCGCCUCUGCUCCUCUUAGCCAUGUGGGUGAGAUGUACCUCCGCUGGGCCGCUCUCCUUCAGAAUAGCCGCCAUACUUGACGACCCAAUGGAGUGCAGCCGGGGAGAGAGAUUGGCCAUCACUCUGGCGAAGGACAGCAUCAACCGGUCCAGUAACCGUUCCACAACAGGCAAGCUGGAGGUGGACAUCUUUGAGCUGCUGAGAGACAGUGAAUAUGAGAUGGGAGAGACCAUGUGCCAGAUCCUGUCCAAAGGAGUGGUGGGAGUCCUGGGUCCCUCCGCCAGCCCUGCUUCCAAUUCCAUCAUCAGCAAUAUCUGUGGAGAGAAAGAGGUGCCCUAUGUGAAAGUGGCCCCUGAGGACAUUCUGAAGGUUCAGUUCCCCCGCUUCACCACCCUGGACCUGCGCCCCACCAACACAGACAUCAGCCUGGCCGUGGCUGGCCUGCUCACCUUUUUCAACAGCACCACAGCCUGCCUCAUCUGUGCCCAGGCCGACUGCUUAUUAAAUCUGGAGAGACUGCUACGCCAGUUCCUCAUCUCCAAGGAGACACUAUCGGUUCGCAUGCUGGAUGACAGCCAGGAUCCCACACCCCUUCUCAAGGAGAUCCGCGAUGAUAAGACUGCCACAAUCAUUGUGGAUGCUAACGCAACAAUGUCCCACAUAAUUUUGGAAAGGGCAUCGGAGCUGGGCAUGCUGUCCGUCUACUACACCUACAUCUUCACCUCGCUGGAAUUCUCUCUGCUGCGAUUGGACGACGUGCCCAGUGAGCGGGUGAACAUUCUGGGCUUUUCCGUCUUCAACCGAACACAUCCAUUUUUCCAGGAUUUCCUCCUCAGCCUCAACCGUUCCUGGCAGGAAAACUGUGACCACGCCCCCUUCGCCGGCACACCGCUCUCGUCGGCGCUGCUGUUUGACGCAGUGCACGCGGUGGUGGCGGCGGUCCAGGAGCUCAACCGUAGCCAGAACGUGGGCGCCACGCAGCUCUCCUGCAAGUCCUCCAAGAUCUGGGAGCAUGGCACCAGCCUCAUGAACUACCUGAGGAUGGUAGAAUUGGAAGGACUAACGGGCCACAUUGAAUUCAACAGCAAAGGCCAGCGGUCCAACUACGCCCUACGGAUCAUGCAGAACAGUAGAGACGGCCUAAGGCAGAUUGGCCAGUGGCACUCAGAGCAGGGCCUGUCCAUGGAGAGGAAGCUUCCAUCAAUCAACGUGACCGACACUCUCUUCAACACCACCCUCACUAUCACCACUAUUCUGGAGAACCCUUAUGUGAUGCUACGACCGAACCACCAGGAGAUGGAAGGGAACGAGCGCUACGAGGGCUUCUGUGUGGACAUGCUGAAGGAGCUGGCGGACAUCUUGAAGUUCAAGUACUGUAUCAAUCUGGUGGGGGACGGGGUGUACGGGGUAUCGGGGACCAACGGUACCUGGACGGGCAUGGUGGGAGAGCUCAUCUCAAGGAAAGCGGACCUUGCCGUAGCGGGGCUCACCAUCACCGCAGAGAGGGAGAAGGUUAUCGAUUUCUCCAAGCCUUUUAUGACUCUGGGAAUCAGCAUCAUGUACCGUGUGCACUUGGGGCGCAGACCUGGCUACUUCUCCUUCCUAGACCCUUUCUCUCCCGGGGUGUGGCUCUUCAUGCUGCUAGCCUACCUGGCAGUCAGCUGUGUGCUCUUUCUGGUAGCCAGACUCACCCCCUACGAGUGGUACAAUCCCCACCCCUGCCUGAAGGGGCGCUGUAACCUCCUCAUCAACCAAUACUCGCUAGGCAACAGUUUCUGGUUCCCCGUGGGGGGGUUCAUGCAGCAGGGGUCCACCAUCGCCCCCCGCGCCCUCUCCACGCGCUGCGUCAGUGGAGUAUGGUGGGCGUUCACCCUGAUCAUCAUCUCGUCCUACACGGCCAACCUGGCCGCCUUCCUCACUGUCCAGAGGAUGGAGGUGCCCAUUGAGUCAGUGGACGACCUGGCUGACCAGACAGCCAUCGAGUACGGCACCAUGCACGGGGGCUCCACCAUGACCUUCUUCCAGAACUCACGCUACCAGACGUACCAGCGCAUGUGGAACUUCAUGCACUCCAAGCAGCCCAGUGUGUUUGUGAAGAGCACGGAGGAGGGCAUCGCCCGCGUGGUCAACUCCAACUACGCCUACCUGCUAGAGAGCACCAUGAACGAGUACUACCGUCAGCGUAACUGUAACCUCACCCAGAUAGGAGGUCUGCUGGACACCAAGGGCUACGGCAUCGGCAUGCCAGUGGGGUCAGUGUACCGGGAUGAGUUUGACCUUGCCAUCCUCAAGCUGCAAGAAGACAACCGUCUAGAGAUCUUGAAGAGGAAAUGGUGGGAUGGUGGCAAGUGUCCAAAGGAGGAGGAUCACCGUGCCAAAGGACUAGGCAUGGAAAACAUAGGCGGUAUCUUCGUGGUGCUGGUGUGCGGUCUCCUGGUGGCUAUCUUUAUGGCGGUGCUGGAGUUUAUGUGGUUUCUGCGGCAGACGCCUGGAACAGAGCUGUCGGUGUGUGAGGAGAUGCUACGGGAGCUCCAGGGGAUCGUCCUGUGCCGGGACAGCCUACAGCUGAGGCGUCGGCGGGGGACGACCAUGCUCCGUCCUCGCCCCCUACCCCUGGAGGAGCGCCGAGCGCGGGCUGCUGCUGUCAGCCUGAGCAAUGGCAAGCUGUGUGGCGCUGCCGCCGGCCUGCCCCUCUCUGAGCCCUUCUCCCACAGACUGGCGCAGGAGGCAGCUCUGGUGGCUCGGGGCUGCAGCCACAUCCGCAUCUGCCCCGAGUGCCGGCGCUUCCAGGGGCUGCGCGGCGUGCGUCCCGGGGGCGGCCCCAGCCACGGAGCCUCGCCCACUCACAGCGAGGAGAGCAUAGAGUGGGAGAAAACGACCAACAGUAGCGAACCCGAAUAACAAGGAAGCACCCCCUUGACCUAGACAACCCCUUUACCUACCUAGACCACCACACACCCACUGUACUACUGUACACAGGGGCAACAGGGAGCAUCAUGGGAAUGUCAUGUGGUACUGUGACAGGAGCUGCUUUGGACCUGGUGCGUUUGAUUUUGGAGGACAGCGGCUGGGGCUUUGGAUGUGGAUAUUUUGAGCACGUCCCCCAUGGAAGGGAUCUUUGAGCUCUGGAAUGAUGUCCUGGGCUUAGAGAUGGAACUGCCGAUGGACAUGUUCAUAGAGACUACCAGAGGAAGUCCGUGAGAGGGGACACGACCUCUCUGUAUGGGCUGUCUGUCUCGAAGGCCCUAUGUCCUGUCUAGGAUGUGAAGGUCACAGGUUAUGGGGCAUUUGUACUAUGCAGUAUUUUCUGUCACUCAUUGUGCUAAUUGUUGAUCUGUUUUUAAAUUAUUUCUCCUUUUGUUGUGUUCUUGAUAUUGAUCAUAUUGUUACCAUUCUAUUGUUCUCUGAGACGAUACGAUGUUUUCUUUUCCCGAGUGUGUACAUUAUUGCCUUUUCAGAGCUACAAACAGAGAACACAUAGAAAAAGACUUCCAAUGCAGCGUCAUUCUUUGAAUACAUUUUUUUUGUGUGAAAGUGCCAAAAAAAAAAAAGCUGAUCUUGAACGACGGGCAUCGCGGCCUUGAGACAACGACGACAAAGAGAACCGAAGAUAAAAACAAACACAAUGACUUGUUUUAUAAUAGUGAUUAUAUUCUAUACAAAAAUAUGUUUGAGAUGUAUUUCUGAAAGACAGCAACGCAUGUCCGCAGGUGUGAUGCUGAUGAUUGGAGGGGAGAAUGAGUUUCCCGUUCAAACAAUUUGCCCAGAGACACAAAGAACCCCAAUGUAAUCAGAAAUAGUCAUCAUUCGUUCCCUUUGCUCAUGUGUGGGACCUGUCUCUUGAUAUUGCCCCCCAGAUCCCGGGUCAUAAACAACACUAGAUACCACAACAUACCACCAUUUUGAGUUUCUUCCCAUUGCCCACUGUGGUAUACAGUCUCAUAUGAAUCCCAUAUACUGUAAGUGAUUGGUAUUGGUUCACUAUUCCCAAUUUGUGCUCUCUAUUCCAUCUGUUCCACACUCUCUCGUCUUCGUGCUGCACUAUUGCCUUGACAUGACCCAGACCCACUCUCUGCGGCGUGCACUAUACACUCAUGCACGCAUGCAGGAAUGCACACACUCACACGUGCACGCACAAAGGCAUGCGCGCACACACACAGACAGUACAUACACAGUACACACAGGCAAUGCAGAUAGUCACACUGCAGAGGUAGUCAUACUGAGAUGGUGGCAUUGGGGAAGAAUUCAACACAUUCCAGAACAAAUUAAAACUGAAAGCUCCCAGUAAAUGUUUCCACCCAAAAUGAAACAUUGUCUUACACUUUCAUAUGUAUGAGGGGUUUGAAGUCAUUUAUGUGACAUUUUUUUCUGGAUCACCAUCUGUUUUGUAAAUUCUGCAAUAUGCAUUUCAAAAAAAUAUGGAGCCAAUUAUUCCCAUUAAUUUAGGGUAGAGGCCUACAGAUUUCCUAUUGCUUACAAAACUUCAUUUUUGGGGUGAGCUGUCCCUCUAACCAUCAACAGAGACCCUCACUGCAAGAUCUGGGUCGUAUUAAUUAAGCACCAAACUGAACAAAAAGGGGUGAAACGGGGAGGGCCUACUUGAACUUGUCCAAUAAGAAACUUAGCAAAAAUAAAAUGGAAGUGUUUUCCCUCACAUGCCCUAAUGAAUACAACCCUAGUAAUGAAACCAAGGCCAGAUUUGAUUUGUGGAGCAAAGCUGUACUUUCUCCAUGUGUUCAUUCAAGUUGAUUUAUUCAAUGUACCAUAUCGCAAAUUCAUCGAUGUAGCAUAUAAUGUUACUCAUUUCCUGGAUGUUUUAUAAGUUGCUGGUGGUGUCCUUGAGAUUUGUUGUUUUGACUGUGCUUUUCUACUAAACUGACUAGAAUGAGAGGGACGACAGUGAACAACUGUGGCCUGUCUGUCAACAUUAGGCUUUGAUGGAUCCGUCUCCAUGACAAUGCCCAAGGGGUGUGCCACUCAUAUAUCAAGAGUGCCUGAAACCAGGCCAUCUUGACAAAGUAUUCAAUUGGAGGCAUCCAGGUAUGUCAGGUUCAUUUGUAUUUGUCACAUCCAAUCUAAAAUCUGGAUGGACUCUUUCAGCAUUUGAAUUCAAUCCACUAUUUAGUUGAUUUCAUUCAUCUCUAAAAUUGCUUUUCAAGGCAUCUAUACAACGCGCCAGUCAAACAUUCCCAUUCCCCAUAGUAUAUGCGUUCUCCUGCCUUAGUGUAGGCGGCUGAAAGACCUAGGUCAUACAUUUUUACAAUGAUGAUAAUGAAACGGCUAAGCAGAUCGCUUAGGUUGGGUCAAUGAGGGUCUGAGACUGGAGAAAGAACUGUUGUCUAUUUUCAUGCCUUCAUCUAUAUCCCUUGAGCCAGCAGGCCACAAAUGCAAAAGAUCUCUUUAGAACAGUGGUAUUCAAACUUUUUCAGCGGGGAAUCCAUUUUUUCCCCCAAGAAUUUCUUGCGACCCAACCUCAAAUCGAAUGACAUAACCUUAAAAUCUGUACAUUUAGAUUUUUACAUCAACAAAUAACCUUCAAUUCGUUGCACUUUCAUCUCUUAUAAAAAAAUGAAAAAUUGAAAAGAAACCAAUAAACACAUUUACUGAAUAAAAUUAUAUUUUCGAAUUAUCUUUCUCAAAAACGUUUCUAUAUUGUUCCAUACAAUAAUCUGUACUCUAAAUUGUUUGUUCCUAAAAAAAAAAUCUAUAUGCUGAUUGAGUGUACAAAACAUUAGGAACACCUACUCUUUCCAUGACAGACUGUCCAGGUGAAUCCAGGUGAAAGCUAUGAUCCCUUAUUGAUGUCACUUGUUAAAUCCACUUCAAUCAGUGUAGAUGAAGGGGAGGAGAGAGGUUAAAGAAGGAUUUUAAGCCUUGAGACGAUUGAGACAUGAUUUGUGUAUGUGUGACCUUCAGAGGGUGAAUGGGCAAGACAAAAGAUUUAAGUGCCUUUGAAUGGGGUAUGGUAGUAGGUGCCAGGCGCACCGGUUAGUGUUUUAAGAACUGCAACGCUGCUGGGUUUUUCAUGCUCAACAGUUUUCCGUGUGUAGCUAGAAUGGUCCACCACUAAAAGAACAUGCAGCCAACAUGACACAACUGUGGGAAGCAUUGGAGUUAACAUGGGCCAGCAUCCCUGUGGAACGCUUUCGACACAUUGUAGAGUCCAUGCCCCAACAAAUUGAGGGCAAAAGGGAGUGCAACUCAAUAUUAGGAAGAAAACAUUUUUUUUACAUUUUGCCUACCCCACUGCAGCGACCCCAACUUUGAAUACCACUUUUUUUAAAGGUUCUCUCGCUUCAAUGCUAGAAAAUCACUAGUGAAUUAAUUUAGUAGCCAAUGUCACCACAUUCAUCAACUAUGAAGUAUGCCCCAUUAAAAGUCCCUCAAUUAUACCAAAUAUGGUGUUGUAAUUUAACAAUUCCUUUACUUGUGGUAUGCAUGGCCAUUCUAUUCCUUAGUUUCAUUUUACAAAUGAAAUCAUCAUCUGGGAUCGUCAUCUGUUUUCAAAGGAUUCGAUUUCUUCUCAAAUGUCUGUUCAUUUUACCACUAGAGACCAGUCCUACGUGUUUCCAUACAAUGUGAAUACCCGUAAAAUAAAUUAUGUUUUAUGCUUUACAAGAGGUUUUACCCUGUGAGUGAAGUUGUCCUGGUUUUGCUGUGUAACUAUUCUCUGAGAAAUGUUUUCUGUACAGUGUGUUUGUUUUCGAGCUCCUAUGGAUACAGAGAGAGGAGGUAAAGAAUAAGCUGUACAGAGCUCAUUGUUAUAUCAUACAGAGGCUAUAGUGUCAAUGCCCAUAAUCCUCGUAUGGAACAUUGUCAUGAGUGUGUAAAUACAGAAUGCUCAACCAGGGUUUCCCUGUGGAGGUUCCAGGGGCUCUCUAUUUCUACAAGCCUAACCAUCAAAUUGAACUUGUGGGAACACAUCCACAUACAUUCACACAUUCAAUUAGCAGGUUUUCUAUAAUAUUUAGUUGCUAGGUCACAGAGAUUGCGUCCUAAAUGGUACCCUUUUGCGAUUACCUGCUCUGGUCAAAAGUGGUGUACGCUAUAUAGGGAAUGGGGGUGCCAUUUGGGACAUGGGGUCAGCUGGAUGAACUCCCGAGUUUAGCGAAUGGAUAGUGGGAUUCUGUGCACUCAACCUUUAUGCACGAAAACAUUCACAGACAUUAAAUCAAGCGUAGUUGAAAUAAGAUUGCCAAUUACCUUGAAGGCUAAAAGGAGUUGAAUUGGAAUGAAGAGGAAUCGUCACGUAGAAGAAGUAGCACUCCGACUUUCACUGGGAGACCUUGGGUAGGAUGGCAGGAUUUAACUGCUAUUUUAUAUGCUUUAUUUUCUUAUGUUGUCAUUUUUAUUCCACUAUAAAUACAUUUCUUAAAACAUAAA